ACCAAUCACAGUUUACUUCCGCGAUAACGGGAUCCAAACAAGCCAAUGUGACUAGACAAGACUUGCAUAUAAUUUUGUCUUUGAAAAUGCCGCGACAACCAAUUAUACGUCUUGUAUGGAAAUGAGUGCUUCCACGGGAUUCCACCUUGGUUCGUACGGGUAUAGUAAAAUAAAGAGGACAAUAACAAAGGAAGAAAAACAUCUACUCUCAGUUGUUUUCCAUGAAGCUGAUGAAGGAAACAAAGGAUUUCUGACCAGAGAGGAUGUCAAGGUGGCAGUAGCUGAACUGUUUGGGUACAAACCUUCCAAGUAUGAAGUUGAUCAAGUCAUGAACAACUAUGGAAGCACAUGCAGUAAUGUUAUUGGGCUUUCACUGGAAAACUACAUGAUUAUAAUGUCAGACAAAAUAGUGUCAGCAGACGAAGAUGAAAUCAUCCGACACACUUUUAUGGCCUUUGACACACAAUGUAGAGGAUUUCUAGGAGUAGAAGAUUUACAAAGAGCAUUCAGCCAGGUAGCACCACACAUUCCAAACCACACAAUACAGUCAUGUUUCAGAGAGCUUGACCGUGAUGGAGAUGGCCGUAUAAGUUAUAAAGACUUUGACUUUAUGAUGAAAUAUGACACAAAAUCUCAUAUCUGAGAUGUAAAAUAUAAAACAAAUUCUAGUGCGUGUAUAACACUAGAAUGCAGUGUUUUUUCAAAAGUGAAUUUACAAUAUCUAAAAGAAGUGCUAGUUUUAUAUCGAUGAUUUAUUUAUUCAUUGCAGAUCUAAUAAUAAAUAAAUA